UAUAGCAGAAAACUGAGCUACUCUUCAGAUUCUAUGCUGGAGGAAAUUUAAGAAAGAAGCAGGUUUGGAUGUCAGAGCUGAGCCUGGGAAUCGUCUCGUGGGCUACAUCCGUCUACGCGAUUGGACCGCACUCUUGUCAGUCACCGCACCUUCCUUAGCAGUCACAAUCGAAUACACGGAGCGACCUAGAGGCAAACCACAAACUCCAGUUGCUGAUUGGCCAGUUUGCCUGCAGAACCUUCUGGCUCGGGGCGGGUAAUUCAUUCGCGGGUGGAAGAUUUAAAGGGGACGCAACAGCCGCAGCUCUUAAAACUAACGUGAAUCAAAGUUGCAGGCAAGGGACAUGAACAGUGAGGAGAUGGUUCAACCGCAGCCAGGGCAUCAGCUCUUUGGUGGAGCCUUUUCUGCCUUCCUUCCUCCUGGAAGCCUGGACAUCAGCGAGAUGCGCCAGGUCCCUGACAACCAAGAAGUCUUUGUUCACCCCAGCACAGAUCAGAGCAUCAUUAUAGAACUGUUGGAAUACCAGGCGGGUGUCCCAGAUGAAAAUGCUGCCAGGUAUCACUUUGAGGACAUGGCUGGUGCUUCUGCCAGUGCUGAGAUUUUGAGCCAGGAACUAUUUGUCCCCCAUCUCUUGGCCCUGGAAGGCUGCAGCAGUGCCUGGGGCCUCACUGCCCACCAGCUGGUAGCUAAGUUUGACGAGGAGGCAAAGAACGAAGUGACAUUACAUUUGGCCUUGCUGCGCCUGCCCCAGCAUGGAACGGACCUGCUUCUCACUUUCAACAACCCCACAUAUAUCCACCCUCUAAGCAGCAGUGCAGUCCCGGGGACAGAGGUUCCACCGCCCCCUUCUCAGCCUCCGUGGACGGUAGAGCAUUUCUACACCUUUGUACGUAGCCUGCGGCUUCUCGACCCCGGCAUCUUUGGUUAGGACAUCUCUAUGGCUGGAAUGCAGCCUCGUCCCAGCUGUGCUGCAUCCUUUGGUUAAGGCUCUCAGAAGGCUACUUCUGGUUAAAAGCCUGGAUCAUCCAUCCGCUGCUUCUGCGCCCUCCUUUUUCCAGAGGGAAAAGAGGGACACGGACUCAGGUUGCCCAAAGGACAUUCUUAUUGCAGGCGGCAGUUUCAUGCCAUGGUCCAAAAGGUGGUUUCAAGUCUCCCUGUCUUUGGAUGAUUUUAGCCUGCUGUGCUCCAAUUUGCCUUUGGAAGCGGGUAGAGUCUCAGCCUGGACUACUCCUCACAACGCCAGCAACGUAUUCCACCCAGUUCAGGAAGAAGCUGGAAUUAGCUCUCCAGGUUGCUCUACCCAAUUGCAAAAUAUACCAUUAACAACUGCCUCCUCCAACAAGCGUUUAAUUUCUUGCAAUCAGGAAAGGUGGGUGGGUAUUAGUCCAUUAGAAGACAAUUCAGAGUUAGUUAAAAAAAACAAAAACAAAGAGAUGCCUUUUAUUAGGACCAACCAAUGUUCAUAAUGUGGACUAUAAGCUUUAGAGUCAUACUCAGCUCUUCCUCGGGCUUGAGGAUCAGGGUUGGGGGAAGCAGAUGUGUCUGAGCAAGAUCAUAGUAUUAACCUAUUUCUUUUUUUUCUUUUCUGCACAUUUUCUUCCCUCACCCCCCCCAUGUCUUGUCAUAACAACUAAGGCUGUUCUUUCAAACUUCUUCAGGUUAGAUAUAGGGCAUCCAGUUGUACAAAGGAAUACUGGGAAAAGGACAGCAAUUGAUUAUCCUUUGAAAAUAUAAAAACUAUAUACUUUUAAGUCUUGCAUUUAAAAAAGGAGUCGUAGCAAGGCUCAGUGCUAACUGGAAUGUACAGGUCCAUUUUUAGGAAUGACAUGCAUGGCUUGUCAGUACAUGUUAUCCCAAUGAUAUAAAGGAAUAAAAGCCCUCCCACCUCUCCUUAUGGGUCAGCAGCAAUUACAGCAGAGCGUGGGGAACCUUUGGCCCUCCAGAUGUUGCUGAACUACAACUCCCAUCAUCCCUGGCUGUUGGCCUUGCUAGCUGGGGCUGACGGGGGUUGUAGUUCAGCUACAUCUGGACGGCCAAAGGAUCCCCACGCCUAAAUCAGAGCAUGGAAUUCAACUAGAUUGACACACUCUGCCUCACUUACAGUCAGGCUUGGGAUUUUAAUCCAAUAUGGUCUGAAGGGGGAAAGUGCAACGGGUUUACAUGGAAAUAAAUAGGAUCCAAGCACCAACCUUCGAUGAAGCCUUGACUUUUGGGUGGGAGAGUGGUGGUUCUG